CAACAGAAGAAUCUUGAAGGAUAUGUGGGGUUUGCAAAUCUCCCCAAUCAAGUUUACAGGAAGUCUGUGAAGAGAGGGUUUGAAUUCACACUCAUGGUAGUAGGUGAGUCUGGAUUGGGGAAAUCAACACUAAUCAACUCGUUAUUCCUGACAGACUUGUAUUCUCCAGAGUAUCCAGGACCUUCACAUAGAAUUAAAAAGACCGUACAGGUUGAGCAGUCAAAGGUUCUAAUUAAAGAAGGGGGUGUUCAGCUGCUACUAACAAUAGUUGACACACCAGGAUUUGGUGAUGCGGUGGAUAAUAGCAAUUGCUGGCAGCCUGUUAUUGACUACAUUGACAGUAAGUUUGAAGACUAUCUCAAUGCAGAAUCCCGUGUGAACAGACGACAGAUGCCAGACAACAGAGUGCAGUGUUGCUUAUACUUCAUUGCUCCUUCAGGACAUGGACUUAAACCAUUGGAUAUUGAGUUUAUGAAACGCCUACAUGAAAAAGUGAACAUCAUUCCACUUAUUGCCAAAGCAGACACACUUACACCUGAAGAAUGCCAACAGUUUAAAAAACAGAUAAUGAAAGAAAUUCAAGAGCACAAAAUUAAAAUAUAUGAAUUCCCAGAAACGGAUGAUGAAGAAGAAAAUAAGCUGGUUAAAAAAAUUAAGGACCGUUUACCUCUUGCUGUAGUAGGUAGCAAUACUAUCAUUGAAGUCAACGGCAAGAGAGUCAGGGGAAGGCAGUAUCCUUGGGGAGUUGCAGAAGUUGAAAAUGGUGAGCACUGUGACUUCACAAUUCUCAGGAACAUGUUGAUACGAACUCACAUGCAAGACUUGAAGGAUGUCACUAAUAAUGUCCACUAUGAGAACUACAGAAGCAGGAAAUUGGCAGCUGUUACAUACAAUGGAGUGGACAACCACAAAAACAAAGGGCAGCUAACCAAAUUUGGCACAGUUGAAGGCAUGAGCCCUCUGGCACAAAUGGAAGAAGAACGGAGAGAGCACGUCGCAAAGAUGAAGAAAAUGGAGAUGGAAAUGGAACAGGUCUUUGAAAUGAAGGUCAAAGAAAAAGUUCAAAAACUGAAGGACUCUGAAGCGGAGCUCCAGCGGCGUCAUGAGCAAAUGAAAAAGAACCUGGAAGCCCAACACAAAGAACUGGAAGAAAAACGCCGCCAGUUUGAGGAUGAGAAAGCAAACUGGGAAGCCCAGCAACGUAUUUUGGAACAACAGAAUUCUUCCAGAACUUUGGAAAAGAACAAGAAGAAAGGGAAGAUAUUUUAAAUCCAAUUACUGACCACCAGUUAUUGUAUUAGUUGCCAAUAUUCCAGCCUGGACAUCCGUGUGUGUUGGAUCUGUUUGACCAAUCUUGCACCAGUUGUAUCCAUAUCUAUGGAUUUAACAGCAUGACAAAUUGUUUGUUUUUAAUUUUGGUGGCAAUUGAGAUGCCUUGAAUUGUUUAGGGUGUUGUAUACUUAGGAAAACAAAACAGCUCUAAGUACCCUUUUUAAAAACAAAGUCAUCUUAAUGCAAAAGAACAUUUUACUGUUGUACAAUCAUGUUCUGGUGGUUUGAUUUGUUUACAGGAUAUUCCAGUAUACAAGGACUUGGGAAGGUUUUCCAUAAGGAUACAUUGCCAUAAUAUAAUAUGAACUAUGCUUCUAUUAUUAAAAAAAAAUUCCAUUCAGUGCAGCAUAUAUAAUAAUGUAAUUUAGUCUAACACAGUGGACCCUAUUUUUGACACUUCCAUUGUUUAAAUAUACACAUGGAAAGACAAACGUAUAGGCUUAUGGUGCACCUAAAAGCUUUUUAUAACAACCUUUUUUUUUAAUCUUUAAAAUAUGCUAUUCUCAUUUAGUAACUACUUUAGCCAGAAGAAUUUCAUUAUUGCUUCAUUUUUGUAAUAACAUAUAAUUUAGAUAUU